AGCAAUAAUCCAAAAAAUGAAAUUAGAGCCUCUUUAAUCAAAAUAUAAUCCAAAUAUUUUCCUAAAAUAAGCCUCCAUUGUCAAGGAGGGUAAGAAAUAUUACAAAGUAUAUAAUUCAAAGUAAAUAUAAAAGUUGAAAGGGGAUGAAAGAAAGUACUUAAUAUGAUCAUAGAUUAAACCUUAACCUCUACGUUAAAGAUUACGCAACAACUGUACCUUAAAUCUGUUACAAUUCAAAAAAUAGUUAUACUUUAUAAUAAAAAAUAUAGAUAUUUUGAAAAAUAAUCACUUAGUCAAGAAAAUUGAAAAAAUACAAAUGGGUCCGAUUUAAACAAAUUGUGAGUAAGACGACUAAUAGAUAGAAAUUAAACUAGAAAUGCAUAUGAAGAGAAUCAUUAAAUUUAGAAUUCAACCUUAACAUCUAAAAGUUAUUGCUUAAUUAAUUCAAACAUCAAAAAAUAUGUCACAAAAUUAUAUUUACUUUAAAUUUGAAAAGACAUUCUUAAAGUAUAUUGAGAAUACGUAUAAUUUUCUUUAUUUAAUGUAGAUAAACAAUUUUGAUCCAAAAGCAUAGCAAAAGGAUUUAAAAUAUUAGUAGAUUAACUCGUUGUAUUAAAAAAUAAAUGUUCAAAAUUUAUUUGAUUUAUCAACCUAAUUGUGA